AUGAAACACGCAAGGUUUAUUCCUGUUUCCACUCCCAAGCAGGGGCAAUCUUCUACCCCUUUAAUUAAAAAAAUUAAUUAUUUUUUACAGGCAAGACACCAACAACUUGUAUAUGAAAGCAAGGUUUAUUCCCUUCUUUCUGCUGGUGUUGGAAUUCCUCGCAUACAGUAUUCGGGGGUUGAAAAUAAUUAUAAUUGCAUUGUGAUGGAUUUGUUGGGUCAUUCUUUGGAGGAUUUGUUCAACAUUUGUCAGCGACGUUUUUCUUUGAAGACAGUUCUUAUGCUUGCCGAACAGAUGAUUACGCGUAUUGAAUUUAUGCACAAUAAUUUUUUUAUUCAUCGGGAUAUAAAACCAGACAAUUUUCUUAUGGGUCUCGGAAUGUAUUCAACAACUGUGUUUAUGAUUGAUUUUGGAUUAGCCAAGCGUUUCAAAAAUCCUCGAACAAAAGUACACAUUCCCUAUAGAGACAAAAAAUCGUUGACUGGAACGGCUCGUUAUGCUUCUAUAAAUGCUCAUAAAGGCAUUGAAUUGUCUCGUCGUGAUGAUUUGGAAUCUUUGGGUUAUGUUCUGAUGUAUUUUAAUCGAGGAAGUUUGCCUUGGCAAGGUUUGGUAGCUAACAAUACAAAGCAAAAAUAUGAGAGAAUUAGUGAAAAGAAAAUGUCAACUUCAAUUGAAAAUUUGUGUCGUGGAUAUCCCGAAGAAUUCAAAAUGUAUUUAACAUAUUGCCGUCAAUUAGGUUUUGAACAAGAUCCAGAUUAUAAUCACUUGCGUAAGCCGUUUCAGAGGCUCUGUUUUUCUUGUAAAUAUGAGUAUGACUGGAUGUUCGAUUGGAUAGUUCAAAAACAACAACGUCAAUGUGUAAAUUCUAUUGGAUCAAUGACAAAUGUUGGGCCUAGUAACUCACAGCCAAAGCUUGUUUCGCGUGUUUAUCAUCGCUGA